GUCCUCGUGCGACACAUCUCUUCAGCGCAUGCCCAGUAAAUGCUGCUGCCGUAUCCAGCAGCAGCAGAAACACCGAGGAAGAGCUGGGGAUGGUCACUUUAUUAUCAAAAAAUAGCACCGAUAUACCUCAACAAAAUGAGAAUCCAUAACUCAUACAUUGAGAUGUUUUCUGCCCCAUCGGCCUUUUUCCAUGCUAUCAUGUGAUACUAAGACAUACAGCUGCAUGUCACUGUGAUCUCCGCUUCCUGUGCUUCGAUGAAAAUGUGGUGAGGGGAGAGUAACUCAUGCUGCAUUAGUGGAACAGUGACAUGCUGGCCUGCCUGCCAGCAUCAGGUGACGCUUCCAUUCAUCUUCUCUCCCGCACGCAGAUGAACACUGGGCUUCAGAAAUGGGAAACUACAAAGAAAAUGAGAUCUUCCAACUACCCUACCCCAGCACAGUUGGACGCCUAUGCUAAGAAAAUUGCCAACAACCCGCUGACAAUCCAGAUCUUCCCAAACAGCGUCAAAGUACCUCAGAGGAAGCACAUCCGGCGCACGGUCAACGGUCUGGACACGUCUUGGUCCAACCAGCGCCUCAGCCCCUACCCCUCUCAGGUCAGCGGCAGAGCAGGCCUCCUCGCCGUCCUGCGCACGCCUGCCAAAGGCAUCAGAGACUCAGACGGAGGUCGCGUGAGGCUCCUCCAAAAGCCCACCACCACCACCAUGAACCCCCACAACGGACCCUAUGCCACUCAAAGCACUUUAAACCUCCCUCAGCCCUCCUCCGGCCUGCAGGGCCCCUCGAUGCCUCAGGCCCUGGCCGCCCACAAGCAGCUGAUGGCUCACCCACAGACACUACAGCAGCAGCAGCAGCACAACCUGGCUCAUCCAAUGAAUCUACAGCAGGCCCAAGCCAUGCCUCACGCUCUGCAGCAGCAGCGUAUGGCUCGCUCGCAAGCUCUGCAGCAACAACAACAGCAGCAGCAGCAGCAGCAACAACAGAGCAUGGGACCCCAGCUGCAGACCGGACAGCAACAACAGCAGCAACAGCAGCAGCAGCAGCAGCAGCAGCAGCAGCAGCAAACCCAGAUCAUGGCUCAUCCCCAAGGCAUGCAGAGGCAGCACAGCCUGCCCCACCCCCAGCAGCAGCAGCAACAGCAGCAGCUAACGGGGCCGCCGAGCCUGCCGCCCCAACACCGGCCUCCGCACCCGCACCAGGCGGCCCUGCACCAACAAGCUUUACUCCAACAGCCCGGGCUGACUCAGGAUCUGCGCCACGCGCCGGACGGGGUCCAGCUGCCCGGCCUACAGCAUUCCCAGGGGCCACCGGGCCCCCAGGCUGCCGGCCCGGGGCCCCCUGACAACAACGCUAACGGCCUCCAGCAGCAGCCCGUCGUCUUCGGACCCCACCGGAAGCCCCCCGAUGCGGACGCCCCGCCAAACAUCACCGUAUCUACCUCAACCAUCCCACUGUCUAUGGCGGGCAGUCAGCACCAGAACCGGCACGGAGACCUCAAUAGCAUCGUGAACCAGAUCAACCAGUUCUGCCAGGCCCGCGCGGGCAUGGGCGCCACGUCGGUGUGCGAGGGUCAGAUCGCCAACCCCAGCCCCAUCAGCCGCAACCUGCUCAUCAACGCCAGCUCCAGGGUGUCCAAUCACAACCAGGGCCCCAUGUCGGCCUGCCUCAUGACGGGACCACCGGACAAGGCCCAGGGCUCUGCCGGAGCGAUGCACCCACAGGCCAGCAUGGCCGCCAUGAGCAGCAUGGCUGCCUACCACGCAGAGACAGAGAAGCUCCAGAUGCAGCACAUUCAGCAUCAGCUGAAGCAGCAGCAGCAGUCGCUCCAACACCCACAGCUGCAGGCUCGUCAACAGUCGCACCAACACCCACAGCAUUCAAACCAACACCCACCCCAGCAGUCGCAGCAACACCCUCACCAACACCCUCACCAACAGUCUCACCCGCACCCAUCACAGCAACCACACCAACACCCGUUGCAUCCACACCAACACCCCUCACAGGCCCAACAACAACAGCAGCAGCAGCAGCUGCAACAACUGCAGCAGCAGCAGCAGCAGCAGCAACAACAACAACAACAUCAACGGCAGCAGCAGCAGCUCAACCUGCAGCAGCAGCGCUGGGCCCAGCACCAGAUGGCCCACAUGCAGCAGUCCCACGAGGAGGUCAACCCCUGCAAGAACCCCCGGAUGGAGGCUCCCUCCGAGCCCGGCUUUCCCGGCUCCCGGAACCUCGGCUACCCCCACAAGCUGCCCGGCGCCGCGCAGUCCUUCCCGCUCAAGCAUCCUCCGGAGAAGCCCCAGUCGUCGGCGUCCCCCGUCGGCGGCGGCCCCACGGCCGCCAUGCGCUACGCCAACGGGCACUACAUGCAGCCGCCCUGGACCGGCAUCCCCGCCAUGGGCACCGGUCCUCAGGAGCUCCCGGUCCCCUUCCAGGGACUGCCACCCGGGGCCGCCACGGACUGCAACCCUGGGGCAAAGUACCGGCCGGGCAAGGCGGACGCCGGCGGUCCUCCCAAGCUGAUGCCGGGCAUGGAGUUCCUGGGCGGGGACCUCCAGAUGGCCGGCUACCACGAGCAAAGCCUGGACUUGGUGGAGAAGAUGCAGAGGCAGCCGGGUCCCCCUCCUCCUCCCCUCGGACAGGUGCAGGACCCCGGCAACGGCCGAGGCAUCCACGGCCACCACGCGGGCUACCGGUAAACGCCACACGGAAAGUGGGUCACGUUUCGUGCGUGCUGCGUCCCACAGUGUACCACCCCCCCCCCCCCCCCCCAUUGUGCUGGUCCCGCGUCGCCUUGCACGUGAUGGAUUGCGUCCCCUUGUUGUACGUGCCGCAGGGGGGGGGCAUCUCCUGGCUGCCCGGCUGCCCGCGGCUUCACAGUAUUCCUCAGGUUGUGCGUUGUUUCCUUUGUUCCACAUGAAGGGAUUGAAGAGAUUGUUCCACUGUUUUAAAAUGGAUUCCUGUUUUUACUGCAAACAUGAAUGUGCUGCUCUCUGUAUUUAUCUUAUUUAAAACGAGAUGUGGAGGACACUGUCGCAGCGAUGACCUCGAGGGUGAAUCGCGCAACGUUUUUUGUUUUUUAUUUUAACGAAGGGAUGCCCAGAAGCAAGAUUUAGGCUGUCCUUUUGGUUUUAUAAUACUUUUUAAUUUAUCUUCUUUUCAAGAUUGUAAUCAACGAUGGUUACGCAUAUUUUUCUGGAUUUCCGGUUGGGCUUUUAAAUACACUUAGAGUGUUGCUCCUGCGCUCGGGAACGGUGAACGAUGGUAUCAGUCCGGAUCAGAGCGGUUCCUUGAAUGGCCACAUGGAUUUUCAGAGCCUACUUCACGUUGCCUCGUGUAGGCAGAAUGACAGAACUCAACACGCAUGUAAUGGAUUAAAUGCAAGCGCAUUCAUAAGGCAACAGCAAUAUAUAUUUCUCCCUGAAAUUAUAUCUUCCAUUUCCUCUUACGUUGGUCCAAGUGCCGUAUCCUGUUAGGGUUAAUUAAUACUUUAUAUAGAGAUGUCUUCAAAGGUUUUUAUUCAAAUUCUAUUAUUUUAUGUUUUAUGUUGUCGGUUACUACUUGAUUCAUAGUGGACAUUUUGAAUAGUUGGACAGGUGUAGGAAUUAAAUGAUCAGUAUCUUUUCUAAAACCUUCUGCUUAUGUGCAAUGGAAAUGUUGGCUUUUACAGAAUGGACUUCAUAGAUGUCAAUGAUUCUUAACUAAAAUUGAAAUGAAAUCAGGAAAGGAAGCCUAUUGUUAUGGUUCGAGACUACUUCUAGCACCAAUGUAUUGCUUUAACAUGUAGGACAUUUCAAAAUGGUAAUUAUUAGUGUGUCGUGCGUGAGAGAAGGCUCUUGACCUGCUUAACACUAGCCUUAUCCUUUUUUUCAAUGUAUAUCUACUACCUAUGAAGAGAAAAGAACCUCCCCACUUUGAUUACUGGUUAAAUGGGCUACAGUCUAGCGUAUACUCCUCCACUUUCUUACCUUUUUCUAGUAUGACAAUAUAACAGGCCUUGGGGACAUACUUCCCUGGUCCUCAUAAGCCUUAAUUAUUCCAAUAGUUAUCCACUACACAACUCCUUGAUUUAAACAAUAACGUUAUUUUGCAGGAUGUGACAUUAAUAACUUCUGCUGUGGGUGUUACCUUUUCAUUGUUUUAUCUAGAGGAAAGACUUGAAUUCAAAAUGGCCUCCAUCAGGAAUGUGUAGUUGCUGUUUACUUCAACAAAACCCAGUUUCUUCCAAAAGAAAAUGUCUCAACACAUUAACCUAUUAUGGAAAAAUUCCCCUCCACCGUGGUGUAAAUUCUAAACACAAGUUCCAAAAGUUUGUUGGUAUGUAGAACUGGGCUGUACCAGUUGUGUAAAAGUCCUGCGGCACCGGUCUUUCUUUCGGUUUUUCUACUUGAUGGAUGUUUUUUUGUUUUUUUUGGUUUAACUUAUUCUCUGUUAACUGUUUCAUGAAGCCAUAAGUCGGUCAGAAUGAGGUACCAAACGUGACAUGUGUGACCAUGGUCCCCAACCACCACCCUGAUGGGCAGCAAGUGGCCAGGGUCAAGUGUUUUUAAGCGUGCUUUAAUCGGAGGUCCUGUACUGUAAAACCCUAUAGCUUUCUUCCUCUCUUCUACCUUCUGGGAACGGGAGGGCGAGCGUAGAGCGCCAUGAAGCGACCCUCGGGGUUCAAGCCUUAGCUUUUUCACGAUUCGGGUUUCUUUACUUUGGUUCCUUUUUUAGCGUUUUCUUUUUUCUUUUAUGUGACAUUUCUUGGCUCUGACGUGCCUGCCCCUUGAAGCUGCUGUUGAAUCUUAACACUAGUCGUGUGUGUGUGUCUGCGCGCGCGUGUGUGUGUGUGUGUGCGCGUGAGUGAGUCGAUUUGUUUCGGUGGUCAUUUGCAUACUUCUCGGUUUGACUCUGUUCAACUGUUAACCCUAUCCCGAACCUCUACUUGAUGAUCUACUUGGAGUACUCUGCCUCAUCUUUCGAAAUCCUAUCAAACUCGUCCAAAAAAAUAUAAACAUCAAAGCGGCAUAGUUCUCUCUUCAUAACCGCGAGCCACCGGGGCCUGAAUAAUACAAAUAAAUGUAGCUGGUCGGUUGGAUAAUUCUCCGUUGGUACGUUGCUGUGCGUGUUUUUCAUCGACGACACCAGACGUUGAAAGGCUGGGGGGUGAACUUGAGACCAGAGGGACAUCAAACCUUUCCCUGAGCGUGGUUGUGCUCUGCCGUGCCGGGCCCACACAGUCAUGUUCCACAGCUGUCCUAUGAAGUGCCUCCGUGUUGGACGGGUGCUGCCAGGGGCCAAACGGGUCAGAGGGCUGGCGCGUGUGAUGUGUGUGGAUGUGUGUGUUGAGGGUCGACUGGAGGCUUUAGGUACUUGCACACAAGUGGUGCACACCCGAGAGCAAGAGGUGCACUAAAGGUGAAUUACUGUUGGAUUUUCUUGUUUUUUGGGGGGGGGGAGUCACGAUACUUUGAACUACUGAUACUGUGUCAUGGGACACGGCCCCAAAGUGUGCCACAUUUUCUAGACACUGUUGCAAUGCGUGUUGUAUAGGACUGUUUGCCGUCUGCUCACUGACCAAAGUGACCAAGCGCCCUUCUUUUUGAACCACCCCGGUCCCUGAAAGACCUGUGUGCGCUUUUAUUUUGAAAUAUAGCUUGUUUUAUGGAGGCGGAGUGGACAAGAGUCAUCUGGUCUUCAGUAAUGCCUGUGAAAAUAAAUUGUGAAGAUGUGACUAGAGUAAAAAUAAAAGACUAAAAGAGU